AUGGGGCUCCGGCUAAUCUCAGAUUCGUCCACCCGCGCCGCGCGCCGAUGUGUAGGAAUGUAUUGGCCGAUCGAUUGGUCCCACUACUCGCAUUUCGCCCCAGUUUUGGAGCUGUCUGCUCUUAUUGGUUUCAUGGCGACCAACGAGAACCUCCCAUCAAAUGUCAUUUCACAAUUGGCUAGAGAAAUGAAGAAUCUUGAUGAAUCACCUCCAGAAGGGAUUAAAAUUAUUGUUAAUGAUGAUGACUUCACUACCAUUUGUGCUGAUAUUGAGGGCCCUGCUGGCACUCCAUAUGAGAAUGGGUUAUUCCGGAUGAAGCUAUUGUUGUGUCGCGACUUCCCUCACUCUCCUCCAAAAGGAUUCUUCUUGACAAAAAUAUUCCAUCCAAACAUAGCAACUAGUGGUGAGAUAUGUGUGAACACAUUGAAAAGGGAUUGGAGCCCUAGUCUUGGAUUAAGAUAUGUUCUGCUGGUAGUGAGAUGCCUUCUGAUCGAACCAUUCCCUGAAUCUGCCCUUAAUGAACAAGCUGGAAAGAUGUUACUGGAAAACUACGAGGAGUAUGCACGCCUUGCAAGGCUAUACACUGGCAUUCAUGCACAUAAACAUAAGAAUAAGUCCAAGACCGGAGCUAUUUGCGAGUCAACCACAUCUCUAAAUGCGGGUCAGAGUAAUGAAACUGUUCUGAGCAAGAACACAGCAUUGGCUCCAGCACUGUCAUCUACGUCCACCUCAACCAAAGUUCUAGGCUUACAUGAUCAGAAUGCUGCUCCUUCUGAUCCUGCGGUAGGAGGAGCGUCAGCAGCACACAAGAAGGAUGGUCUGCUUGCUGUCAAAAUUCCAGUUGAAAAGAAGAAGAUCGAUGCCAGGAAGAAGGGCCUGAAGAGGCUAUAG